GGGUGGCUUGGUCGUCGUCGCCGCCGUGUUCAGGAAAGUUCGGAGGAAGCGCAUCGAGAGUGUCGCCCCGCGUCAGCCGAGGUUUACAAUUAAAGGCGUGUUAACCUUAUCAUUACGAUGUCAUACAUGCUAUGUUAUGACGUAGACAGAGAUACGCAGCUAGGAGCUUAAUACGAUGAGCAAGCUACGAUUGGGGUCAGAGUAUAUCCCGUUAACGGAGAACGACAUGUCGAAGGUCCGCCUCGUCGUGCCGUUCUCCCGAGUGGCAUGGAUCACCGUGUUCCUGCCGUUCCUGGCGUUCGUCUUUUGCGUCGUCUGGUCGGUCCUCUACAACUUCGAACACUCCACCUCCACUCAUUGUCAGGUAUACAAUUUUUUACCAUCUGUCUCGGCGGCCAUAGGUCACUACAGACCUCAGAGAGAUGUCUGGAAGACUUCUAUAGCAUUACAGGCAAUAGUGAGAACCUUGGUGUUCAUGCUGUAUUAUCGUUAUUACAAGGAGCAUGUUUACAAGUGGGCGCAAUAUCUGAGUAAUAUUGUGCUUGUUAUGUACGCCAUUGAGAAUAUUUCUCUGGUGACACUGAGCUUUUGGACUUCCGACGAGAAUUAUGCAUUCCACAAGAUGUCUUUCAUAACUUUUUUGAUGACAUCGUUUGUACACAUGUUUUUAGCAUAUUAUAUUAUGAAAAGCUGCCUGAAUAUCGCGAAAGGUUCAAACAAUGCUUCCUUGAUGUGGAAACGGAGGUCAAUGAUAUUGAAUGUGAUAUCUAUAAUAAUAGCAUGUUAUUUCUUUUAUAGACAUAAUAAAUAUUGCGAACCUUUAGUGUAUUCAAUGUUCGCUUUGAGCGAAUAUGGAGUUGUGCUCUCAAAUAUGGGAUACCAUCUGACGGCUGCAUUGGACUUUGCUACCACUCAUCUUAUGAUAUCAGGAAACAGACUUAGAAUUAUAUAAAAUUUUUUAAUCGUGUGCAUAUGUGAUAAUUGUUACAUAUAUUUCAACUUUGUUGUAUAUUAUUGUACAUAUUCGUAUUUGAAAUUGUUAUGUAUUGUAAUCUUGUAUUGAAAAUAAUUUAUUAGGUAAUUUAUACAAAAAUAUAAAUCAAGAAUUUGUAAAAUAGAAAUUUAAAAAGCAUGGACGCGCCUCAUGGAUGUUAAUGCCAGAUAUGUUUAUCAGUAUUUGUAAUAGCACAUUUUUCAAGGCACUUUAAUUAAUGCUAAAAAAUUGAGGACAUAGAAUUUGAUAUAAAAUGAUUCUAUCUUUCAUGGUCUCAUUGAUAGUUGUUUUUUGAAUAUAUUACUAUACAGUAUGUGUGUUUAAA